CCAGCUUUUCGUCAUUGAUUGGCCAGUGGCGGUGUCCGUCGGCGCAGUGUUGCAGGAAGUCAGGUUGGAGCAUGAAAGCGGGGCUUUGAACCCGAAGUCGUGUGGGAUUCAGUGCCAAUCCACCGAUUAAACAUGACCAGACAAGCAAUGCCGUCGUUUCUGCUGCUGCUGUGUGUGACCGGGCUGCGGGGCAGCACAGAGACCGGCUCAGAGCUCACAGAAUUAACAUCAAACGGUUUUAUCAAAGUAUUGGACUCCGGGAAGGCUUCUUUCAUUUAUUUUGGUAAUGCAGUCAACCCGAGCAUCACCCUGUUCCUCGAGCAGUUAGAGAAAUCGGUGGAGGUGCUGGAGGAUUAUGGCAUCUUGGUUGCUAAGGUGGAUUGUGCCAAGGAGAAAGUACCAACAUAUUGUACAAUUGAAAAAGUCUUAAAGAAAGUGUAUUUAUUCAGAGGUGGGGUGAUGCUCCGAAGUUUCGCCACAGACACAGUUUUCGACGAGAACGCCAUUGUAGCUCACGUGCUGUUUGCUCUUCUGUUCAACGAGGUGAAGUACGUGCAGACACCCGCAGAGCUGCAGAACAUCGAGAAGGCAGUGAAGGGGCGGGCGGACGUGGUGCUGGCUCAUGUUCAGGCACUGGGAACAGCAGAGCACAGGGCAGUGAUGGAAGCCGCUUUUGUCUACGGAGCCGAGUACCAGUUUGUGUUGACGAUGGGAGGGACGGUGCUGCAGCACAUGGGUGUUGAGGAGCCGGGCAAGCUGAGCGCUGGACUCUGGUUCCUCCACUGCAAGCUGGUGUCCAGGAGGUGGGAGCCCUGCCACCACAGCGCCCUGAAGAAGCCCCUGAGCACGGUGCAGAUCUACACCUUCCUCAAACUCAUGGACGCGCCGCUCCUGAUGGAAGUCUCUGCAGACCCUGCUGAUGUGAAGACGGUGCACAACCAUCUCCAGUCCCCCGUGCUCUUCCUGUUCACUCAGAGAGAGACGCUCGCACUGGACAGGAGCACGGCUGAGUCUGUCGCCUGGAGACUGAGGGGAGAGGCGGGGGUGGUGCUGGUGCACAGGGAUCACCCGGGGGUGAAUGUUCCUGCAGGACACAACGUGGCAUACCGGCUGCCAGCAGAGGGCUCCCGUGUGAAGUACCUGACCCUGCAGGACAUAGAGGGGGUGGUGAGGCUCUUCACAGAGGGGGACAGGGUGGGGCUGGAGCUGGAGGAGGAGGAGGAGGAGGAGGAGGAGGAGGAGGAAGAGCACUGGUCUGUUUUAGAUAUUUUGGAUGACGAGGUGUCUGAGUCUGUGUACAGAGACAGGAGCGUGAACCUGGAGUCCCACCUUGUGCCGGCACUGACAGCUCAGACAUUCAGCACUGCAGUGGCAGCAGCAGGCCACACGGUAGUGCUCUUCUACAACAGCUGGGAUGCCGUGUCCAUGGCCUUCAUGCAGUCUUACCUUGAAGUAGCCAGCAUGCUGAAAGACGUGGCGGAUGUGUCGCUGGCCCUCGUGAACUGCGGCGACUGGACGGAGGUGUGCACCAAUCAGAACGCCAGCCAGAUUCCCACGGUGAUGCUCUUCAACCCCGGCGAGCGGCCGCGACGCUACAACGGCAUGCUGGGAACAGAGAGCCUGCACAGCUUCAUCAGAUUGAGCAGGAUGCCAGCCCCGCUGCGCUUGUCCUCGGAGGACGAAGCAGAGUCCUUCCUCCGAGGGGACCUGUCCCGCAGCCUGUCCCCCCACACCCCAGUGCUGGUCCUGGGCUUGUUCAACUCUAGACUGGAGCCAGGCUGCAUGGCGUUCCUGGAGGCUUGCCUGGCCCUGAGGGGGGAGCUUGUGACUGGUAUCUUCGCUGAACCGCAGGCAUCCCAGUGGUCCCAGCGGUACACUGCCUCCCUGCCAGCGCUGAUCCUCUCCAGGACCCCCGACUCUCACAUCCACACCCUCCCCCUCCUGAACUCCAGCACAGAGGAGGUCAUCUCCAUCGUAAAGAGGGCUGCCCUGCACCCGCUUCCGGAGCUGACGGUGUUAAACCUGCCCUCCUAUCUGGAGCUGGGCCGGCCGCUACUCAUCCUGUUUGUGGACAGGGACGACAGUGAGAGCGUCCAUGCGAGACAGGAGCUGAGCACACUGCAGGACAGAGGACAGCUGGACCACUACCUGCCCUGCUGGAUACACCUUGCUCGGACCCCAGCAGGCAGGGCUGUGUUGGAGUCGCUCCUGGGCUCUGUCCCCCAUCUCCCUGCCCUGGUCCUUUCUCAGCUCGGCUCCGAGGGGGAGGCCUUCCUUUUCCAAGCACAACGCCCCCUACUGGCUGAGACAGUGCAGCGCUGGCUGAGCAGAGUGCAGAGCAAGGAGGAGGAACCCUCUGGGGUGCUGUCGGAUGAGCAGUGGGGUCCCCCGGUCCCCCUCUUUGAUUUCCUGGCUGUGAUGGACGAGGCAAUGCCAGGCUUUGCUGCCCAGAGGACUGAGGAGGAGGAGGAGGAGGAGGAGGAGGAGGGGGAAGGGGAAGGGGAAGGGGAAGGGGAAGGGGAAGGGGAAGGGGAGAGGGAAAGAGAAAGAGAGAGAGUGGACCCAGAUCCAGACCCAGACCCAGACCCAGACCCAGACCCAGAGUCCAGCCCGCCAGUCUCCACAGUGCAGCCUCCCCAGCGAUCAGACCCACCCCAGCACCCCCACACCGAGCUCUAACUGCACGCUGCGGACAGCUCCAUUCACCCACACACCGACACCAACUCCAUAUUAAAACACAGCCCAGCUGCUCUGCCAGCCAGCGUCAUCCAGGACCCCCUUUGGAAAUGAGGUGCCGGUGGAUUCUCAUCCUGGUUAAAUACCGGAUUAAAUCAAACUGAACAUAACUGACA